AUUUCCAGCAAGAGCUUUGAAAUUGAGCAGCGGAAGGGCGGCACGUUGUUUGGUUCAUCUUCGAGACGCCAGGGUUGCAGGUUCCAAAGGAAUGACCCUGUAGAAGCCGCCUCUCUCUUCAAGCUGCGUUGAAAACUCAUAUGCGCUCCUUUUUCUCCGUUUUCUUUCAUUCUCUUGCGGCGCUGGUCUCAUUGACAGCGCCCCAUCAGAGGGAGGCCGAGGGCAAUGGCUGUAGGAGGCUUCUUGGAUCAGGUUGAACUUGGCACGGAAGAAUAAGCAUGGACGAGGAACUGGAGGAGAUUCUGCGGAAGAAGGACGAUGGGGCACUCUCGUGGAUCUGCGCAGUGUGCAGCGAGCUGGGGGAGCUCGUGUACUGUGACCUGUGCAAGAAAGGCUUUCAUAUCGACGAGCAAUGUUUUGGCUCCAAUGAAGCCCCAGAUGACGAGGAGUGGAUUUGUCCCGACUGCCGUGAGGCCAAGGUGGAGUGCUUUGCCUGCAAGGAGAUGGGCAGCACGGCUCCUGGGGGAGACAUCAUUGUCUGUAGCCGACGAGACUGUGCCAAGUUCUUCCACGAGGCUUGCGUGGAAGAUUUGGAAGGUGUCACGUGGGGCGGUCCAAAUGAGGACCACCUAGUGUGCCCUCAGCACAGCUGCAGGGCUUGUCAUCACCAGAUGCGUGCCUCCAAGCUUCACAAGUGCCUUCUCUGUCCAGUGGCAUACCAUGAGCAAUGCGCCCCUGAGGGAAGCCACCUCUUGGAGGAGAUUCCCUCGCACUGCAUCUGCUGGCGGCACGACUCGGACUGGAAGAGGCAGCCCAAGAAAUUGCCUCAAACAAAGAGCGUUGCUGAGGUCUUUGGGCGCCUGGCGGUCCCCCUAGUCGAGAUUGACUUUGAACUGCCGCCCGAAGUGGCGGCUGGUGACUCGGACGAUGAAGAGGACGUUCUGCGUCCGCAUGGGGUGGGCCAGGUCCAGGCAGAACCAGCGAGCAGUAGUGUGCAGGAAGUGACUCCAGAAGGAGUUCCAGAGAUCACCAAGAAAGUGGACACAGGCGCUAGGAACGAGAGCGCGAAACCAGAGGUUUCAGGGAACAAGCGGGGCUGGGAAGAGAGCGAGAGGGGAGCAGAUGCGGGGGAGAGGCAGGCAAAAAGAGUAAAAAAGCAAAGGUAUGGAGUACGAGAACAGGCGGGUAGUAGUGACGGGCAGGAUGCGGGAAUGGAUGCAGGUAGGGGGGAAAAUGGGAGAGACGAGCACGAUGACCGAGAGCGGGGGAGGGGGUUACCUGAGGAUGGAGGUGCAACUGGGGGAAUGCUGAUGGGGGAGGGACGUGAUGCAGAGAACCCGCCUUACAUUCACAUUGAUCACAAUGAGUGGUUGGUCCGUCAUAGCCCUGGGUCCGGUGCCCCCGCCGCUCAGGCGGCCCCGUCCUUUGCUGCCAGCAAGAAGCUAGAGCUUCACAAGGUUCGGGAGUCGGAAUGGACUGUGGGGGCAGGGGAGGACGUUGCAGCUGAGGACUUUGUUGUGGAGUACGUAGGGGAAGUGUUGGAUUCCGCGCUGUGCCACCAGCGCAUCUCGGCGCUCGAGCGGCGGGGCGCUCACAAUCGACACUUGUGUCAGCUUGACGACUCCUUCGUCUUGGACGCUUACUACAAGGGAAACCUUAGCCGCUUUGUUCCGCACUCCGCACGGCCGAACUGCCAACUGCAGAGAUGGCGGGUGGAUGGGGAGCUGCGGGUUGGUCUCUUUGCAACGGAGCCGAUCAGGAAGGGGGACGCUAUCGCAUAUGACUACAAGGCUAUCUCCUUCGGAACCCACUCUCUGGACAGCUUCCCCCUCCGCAUUCCCACUUCCUGCGACCAAGCUCCCCCCUCAUCCGCCAGCCCCUCAAACCAGGCAGCCUCUCCGCAACCUCAGCCUUCGGCUGCCGCCUCGCCCCAGGCGCCAUCUCCCUCCCACCCUUCUGCGGCAUCCGGCAGAGGUGACCCCCGAGAAAUCUUGAGGGAACCUUCCGGACCUGCUGUCGGCACUAAAGUAGAGAAGCCGCCAGACAUUCCGAGCCCAAAAGGCUUCGAUGAAAGUUCUCCAAGCAGGCAGCCCUUUGCUCAGAGUCACGCUGCCCCGAUAGACGGGCUGACGGCCCAUGCCAGCGCCUCGUUGGGAGACGCGUUUGUCAGGAAAAGCACUUCUCUCAAAGGCGUGGCUGAACAGGCUUCGGCGCCCCCCCAGAAGGACGAGCGUAGCCCGCAGCUAUCGGCUCAUGCAGUCGAUGAGGCUCAUGAGAAAAUGGCUGAUGGGAACGAUUCGGAGCGGACGGCUUCUGAAGAAGGGUUCGCACGGGAGCGGCGGGGAAGGUCCGGCGAAAGCUCAGACGGGCCGAAGCGCAGGCGAGUAGGGGGCCGGAACGCAGUCAUACGGGAAGAGAGUGACGAGGGCGAAAAUGAGAAAGCGCCGCGAGCAAGAAAACGAACGCGGAGUGAGGAUGACGGCGAAGCGGACGGGAAGCGAGAGCGUCGGCGCAGCGCUUUGGGCAGCCCCAGGGAUCGACGAAGGGGGGGCGACGACAGGAGUGAUCGAAGGGGGGGGGACGAGAAGAACGACCGGCGGCGGAGGGGGGGGGAGGAAGAGAAACGGCGGCCGCGCGUGAGUCUGAGGGGAUUGGGCGACCGGAAGCAGACGCCCGGAGAGGAGAGGCUGGAGCGACGAGAAAGGCUCCGGAAAGCGCAGGAGGACAGCCCUCAGGGGGCGGGAACAGUGCGGGAGCUACGACGGCUCGGGACGACGGAAGAAAGGGCGCCGGGCCGGGGGGUGAGCGCCGGUCAGGGCAAAUCGCUCCCAGCAAGUCCGGAACGGCGGAGAGGGGAGGACCGCAUGCGAGGAGAUGAGCGGUUGCCGAAUAAGAAGCGGGGCCGGCCGCCGUCGAAGCACCGGAACGCGCAGCGAGACAGCGAGUCCGCACGGGGGCUCGAUUCCAACCCUCGGGAGGGAGACGAUACACUGUCGGCGGCGCCUACUCCGUUGUCCCCCACGCCUGCACGGCCGAGCAGCAGCCACACUGCUCAGUCCUCCCCCCCGGCUGAAGCGCCACCCCCGAUGAACGGCCCCCCGCAACCGGUCGUUUCUGCCAGCAUAGCAACGUCCCCCGUGCCAGGAGAACCAGGCGCGGCGCGCGCCGAGCCCGACGAGCGAGAGCCGAGUGGCGCGGGACCGUUGGCCGCGGCAGAGUCGGCGGCCGUGGGGGGCGGAAAAGGGGGGCGGCACGACGAUCACGAGGAGGCGGCCUCGCCGCACAUCCCGUGGCCGCGAGAAGGACCCCCCCGAAAAGUAGAGCCCCCAGAGGAUGAGUUAGAAGAGGAGGACGAGAAGCCUGCCAGGGGGAGGGGGAAUGGGCGGGCGGCAGAGGAGAGGGAGGCAAACGGGCGGAGGGAGCUGCGGCAGGAGGGAGCGCGAAAGCCGCGACGAGUGCCCAAGUGGGGGGGCAGGCGGAGCCGGUACUGGGUGCCAGGUUACCCUUUAAAUUGGACAGCUGCCAGCUAUCUGCAACAGCACAACCAGUUGCCGCAACCACCCAUUGAGACCUGAACUGCAGGACUAGUCCAAGACGCUUUUUCAUUUCAGUCCUGGGUCCCUUCGCUUGAAUCAAAGCGAUACAGGGCACGAGUCGUGCGAUGUGUACUUUAGGGCGCCCACAGCUCGUCGCUCUAGGAUAUGAGUUGCUUGGCGAACAUUCAAGGAGGGCUUGCAUAAACUUUGUCGUAAGAUUGCAUCUGAACACAUUACCUGUUGAAAAUACUCGAUCUGCACUGUUGGCCUGC